AUGUUAAAUAUAUAUGAUGAAUCAAGUGAAGCAACUAAUCGUAACAAAAAGUUAAAGGUACAAAAUGAUAAAAAUAAGCAAACUUUGCAUAAUUUAUGUGAUUGGCUUUAUCCUGAUAAAACAGCUAUUGAAUAUCAUGAUUUAGAAAACAUUAAGAUUAUAAGCUAUAGAGAAUUGCGAAAAGCAAAAGAAACAAUUUUGAAUCAUUUGAAAUGCAUAGGUCAUCCUGAAUUUAUAGGUAUCGAUUCUGACAUUUCAGAAUAUUGUGUGCCUUCUUUAAUGCUUGGAAUUCUUGACAGCGGACAUGCUUUCUUUAAUAUACCUGCAGAUUCACUGGUAUAUGCAGAGAUAUUUACUUCUUUGAAUGUAAAAUAUAUUUUUACAAAAUGUGUGACACCUAACAAAGAGAUCAUAUGUAAAUUUAAUAUUUGUGAGCAAUCAGUGUAUUUAGUGAAAUUAAUGAACGUCCAAGAAAGUAUCAUUAAUAGAAAAUGGUAUCAUUUUGCAUAUGCAAUUACUACUUCGGGAUCAACUGGAGCACCAAAAGUAGUCAAAGUUCCUCAUACAUGUGUAUUGCCUAAUAUUACAGAUUUAAAGAAAAUCCUGGAUAUAACGAAUUCUGAUAAAAUUGCACAACUAACAAAUUUUACUUUUGAUCCUAGUAUCAUUGAGAUUUUCUUGAGUCUUUAUUGUGCUGCAACUUUAUUUAUGAUUUCAAAAGCAUUAGUAAACGAGACUGGAAGACUUUUAGAAGAAAUGUUCCAUGGUUGUGUAACAGUUCUUCAAAUCACUCCAUCGCUUCUCUUCCACAAAUGGUCCACACAACGUUUAAAAACAACAAUCUUAGGCAAAGAUUCUAAGUUAAGAAUACUUUUGUUGGGUGGAGAACCGUUUCCUAGUAUGAAAUUGCUUUCGGAAGCUAGUCAUCCACAAAAUAUGACACAAUUGUUUAAUAUCUAUGGUAUAACCGAAAUAUCGUGUUGGUCUAGUAUUAAAGAAAUUAUUAAAGACAGUGUAGAUGAAUCUUGCCUAGGCGAACCUUUAUCAGAAACUGUAUUUCAAAUAAAAAAUGAAGACAAUGAAGUAAUAAUUAAGGGCGAAGGCACACUUUAUAUCGGAAGUAGUACUAGGAUCUGUAUUGUUGGGAACGAAACAGAAGAAAAUUUGGAUAAACUAGUUUUUCGCAAUACUGGCGACGUUGUUUCAAUAGACGACCAGCGUAGAAUACGCUUCAAAGGAAGACGAAACAAUAUCGUAAAAAGAUUUGGAAACAAGGUGAACUUGCGAGAGCUCGAGAGAGUCGCUACGGAAUUGAGUUUCGUACGAAACUGUGCUACGUUCUGGGAUGCGAAGAGCCACAAAUUAUACUUAUGUUUGUCUAUCACAGACACGAAAAGAGAAAUUUCUAAGUUGAAAGAUGACAUAAUGUCGCAUUUAAAAAUAUUACCAGCGAUCUAUAAACCUGACAAGAUAAUUAUAGUAGAAUGCUUUAAUUUUACUACUAGUGGAAAGAUCUGCCAUGCGUCACUAAGACAAAUAUGCAGGGAUUCCGAGACGGAAGUUAUUAGUGCUAAUGAUUUGAGUGCUGACGCGGAUGAAAUAUUUGAAAAUUUGUGGAGUAAUCAUAUGAAAUCUAAAGACGCUGGUUUUUUAGCAUCAGGUGGUACGUCAAUAACAGCGCUUCAGAUUUCAAGCGCUGCUGCUGAAGUCUUUAAUAUAGAAUUCCCUGAAUUAGUUGGCAUGUUGCUAAGAGAUUGUACAUUCGACAAGUGCUUCGAUUACAUAAAAAGUACUUUAAUUAGCCGAAGUUGCGACAAAGCUAUCGAUCGAUCUAUCGAUGUUUCUCUUCAUGAUCUUUCUAAGAAGAUAGUUAAUACAGAAGAUUAUGUAAUGAAACAAUCAUCUCGAAAUAGUUUUCCAUUAUCUUCGAAUGAAAAACAUUCUCAUCAAUGGUACAAAUGCAGAGGAAAAACUUACGGUGAUGAAAAACACAUUAAAUCUCGUCUAGAACAUAUAUCAAAUAUUGAAGUAGUAGCAACUUACAAUUUGCAGAAAUGCGUUGAUGCUUCACCAACUAUAUAUCGUUAUUCUCAAUCAGAAUUGUAUGCAACAGUCGGUUCACAUUCCGGAAUUAUAUGUACUAUUAAUCUACUAAAAACCGAUAGUAUCCCAUACGAAGUAAAACUACCAGACAGGAUAGAAGCUUCCAUUUUAGUUUUAGCUGAUUUUCGCGGAAUUGUUGGCUGUUACGAUGGAUGUAUUUAUUGUAUCCAUUUAAAAACUGGUAAUAUAAUAUGGAAGUUUCAAACACAAGAUAUGGUUAAAUGCACGGCGAUAAUGUGUAUGCAAGAAAAUAAAAUAUUUGUGGGCUCUUAUGAUUUGCAUGUAUAUUGUCUUUCCAUAGAGGAUGGUAUUCAAAUAUGGAAAACUAAAGCGAGUCAAGGUGGAAUCUGUGCGACCGGCUGCUUGCAUCAACAAUCGAGUUCGGUUCUUUUCGGAACGUUAGAUGGUUCGUGUCUGGCGCUAGAACAAUCUUCGGGACGUAUUGUAUGGAAAUGCAAACUGCAGAACCCGAUAUUUGUUGCGCCUGUGGUUCUUCAGACUGGAUACGCUCUAUUUUGUUCAGUCGCUGGAGCACUGCAUUGCUUCGAUAUCGAAACCGAUUGCCAGAUGUGGCGAUACAUGAUAUACGGCAAUGUAUUUUCCUAUCCAGUAAUAUGGACUCUUGAAUCUACCGGCGAUGAGUAUAUCAUUUUGGCUAGCCAUAACAAAAAUCUGUAUUGUCUAGAAACAUCACGGGAGAUAAUCGAAAAAAACGAACCGAAAUUGAAGUAUACGUUACAAUUGCAGUCGUCAAUUUUCGCGACCUCUUGGUGCGAAGAUGGAUAUAUAUUUGUAGCGUGCACAGAUGGAAUCUUCAAGAUAUAUGAUCUUCCGGAAGGCAAAUUGUUAGCGACCAAACAACUUCCCGGCGAAACGUUCUCCUCGCCGGUUGUUCAUAAUGAUAUUGCUGUCUUAGGAUGUAGAGACAAUAAUCUGUACGUUUUGAAAUUUGGAUAAAUGUAAUAUAAUAUAUGAAAAUUUAUACUG